GCUGCGCCACGCACACAGACGCACGCACGCACGCACGCAUUCCCACUUGCACGCUCAUUUUCAGCGACGCGUGCAACAUCACGGCAACACUCCAGUCCGAUGUGCGCCUCGCUUCGGCAACUUCGAGAAGGUCGAGGCGGGUUUUUAAACUCCUUCUAGACUCUGGAUUAUAAAAUCGUACUCAAUUGUCUUCCCUUUUUUUUUUUUCCUCCUCCUCCUCUGGUUUCCUGUUACAAAGCCUCGGGAGGGGAGUUGCGUGCACAGCCCAGUUCCUCCGUACAAACUCAAUGACAGGAUCGGAAGCGCUGAUUUUUCUCCAUCGUCCGGACAUUUGAUAGCAGACAAAAAGAGGGCAGAGAAGACGUUGAGGAGGAUGUGCAAUGAUUUAUAACUCAAAUCAUCCUAAUAAUAAUACGAGAAACCACCGCGGUGCCGGAGAGGAAGAGGAGGAAGGUUCUGUCAUCGUCCCUGCCAUUGGCGUAGUAAUAUUCAUAAUAAGGUUGCCAGGACCCUGUCAGCUCUCCUGAGUCGUUCUUGGUUAUCUGAGUUGAGGUCUCAAUCCAUCACUCGCACCAUUUCCACCACAUGGUAGUUCACAUCAGAGAAAUGGCCUGGGUGAAGGUCUUGCUCUUGUUGUCCCUAUUUGGAUGGGAAAAGUCUCUGGGACUCAACUGGAACCCAAUCCCGCGCAAGACCGUGCGGUAUCAGGAUGUUUUGGACAGCAUGGCCAGGUUCAGCAUUCAGGGAGUGUUCAACUACAGCAUGCUGACACUGUCGGACCAUGAGAGAGUUUUGUACGUUGGAGCACGUGAAACACUGUUUGCCUUGGACCCCAAUGAUAUUAGCAGACCUCUCCGGCCACAGAUUGACUGGCCAGCUCCAUUGGACAAGAAGAGGGAGUGUGUCAUCAAGGGGAAGAGCAACCAGACCGAGUGCUUCAACUACAUCCGCUUCCUGCAGAGUUAUAACCAUACACACCUGUACACGUGUGGCACCUACGCCUUUCAACCCAAAUGCACCUAUGUGAAUGCAGAUUAUUUCAGUCUCAGCACUGUUGUCCUGGAAGAUGGGAAGGGCAAAUGUCCAUAUGACCCCGCAAAGGGCCACACAGGCCUCAUAGUAGACAAGGAGCUGUACUCUGCCACGCUCAACAACUUCUUGGGAACUGAGCCAGUCAUACAAAGGAACUUGGGCCAACAGCAUUAUAGUAUGAAGAGUGAAUACUUGCCUGCCUGGCUCAAUGAACCAGACUUUGUGGGCUCAGCUUUGGUUCGAGAAAGCAGCAACAGUAAGGAGGGAGACGACGACAAAAUCUACUUCUUCUUUAGUGAGCGAGCGUUGGAGCUGGACUGUGACACUGAGCUCAAUGUGGCGAGAGUGGCUCGCGUCUGCAAGGGUGAUCUUGGUGGUAGCCGGACGCUGCAGAAAAAAUGGACCACCUUCCAAAAGGCCCGUCUGGACUGCUCCCUCCCCGAGCGUCAUGUCUCCUUCAACAACCUCCGGGCUGUCUUCACGCUGCCAGGGCAAGACUGGAGAGGGACUACUUUCUUUGGCAUCUUUCAUGCUCAAUGGGGUGACGUGGACGUGUCGGCGGUAUGUCAGUACCAGAUCAGUGAUGUGAAGAAGGUGUUUGAAGGCUCCUACAAGGAAUACAGGGAGACAUCCCAAAGGUGGGGGCGCUACACUGGACCUGUUCCCAACCCACGGCCUGGAUCGUGUAUAACGAACUCAGACAGGGAAAGCGGCUACAACAGCUCUCUGCAGCUACCUGAUGCAACACUCAACUUUGCCAAGAAGCACCCGCUGAUGGAGGACAAAGCACUUGCUCGCCCCCUGCUUCUCACCAAGGGUGUGAACUUCACAAGGCUGGUCGUGGAUCGGGUUACUGGUCUAGACCAAAGAGCCUACAAUGUUCUCUUCCUUGGCACAGCUGAGGGAUGGCUGCAGAGGGUGGUUAUCCUGGGCUCUGAAGCCCAUGUGAUAGAAGAAAUCCAGCUGUUUGACAUAGCCCAGCCAGUAGACAGCCUGACCAUUUCCCACUCCAAGAAGUAUGUCUACAUCGGCUCUCGUUCAGAGGUUCUCCAGUUGCCCUUAGCCAACUGCAGCCGCUAUCAGUCUCAGCCAGACUGUCUGCUCGCCAGAGACCCCUACUGCGCUUGGGACAGUGAGGGUCGAGCUUGUGUUCGCAUUGACCUUCACCGAGGAUCUACGACUUCUCUGUCACAAGACCUCAUGCUGGAAAGGUUCAGCCGAGGAAAAGCAAAGUUUGACAAGUCUGUCUCCAUCCCUAGCCCUGAACACUCUCGCCUUCGGAAUGUCACAGUGGUGGUGGGCUCAGACAUGGUGCUACCAUGCCAGUUGAUCUCCAACCUGGCUCAGUCCUUAUGGGUUGUCAACGACCGGGAGCUCCUUCUCGGUGACCCCGAGGCUGGAGGGCCACGCUUCGACCGGACCCUCAAGGCCCUCGUUGUCCCUGAAGCGGGCCAGAUCCAAGCAGGACGCUACAUCUGCUAUUCCGAGGAGCAGGGUGUGAAGUUUCAAACCGAGCGCUACCAAGUGGCUGUAGUCGCAAGUGCGCCUGUCUUCAUGGAAGCCCGUGCUCCAGACAGCAGCAUGGGGCUCUUCUGGGUGCUGGUCAUCACCCUUGGUGCAGUGUGCCUCCUGCUCCUGGUUGCAGCUCUCUACCUGCGCCGGCGACUCAAGCUGGCUCUUGGAAAGGGAGCUGAGAUGAAGCCUCUUGAAAGUACCCUGGUCUAUCCCAUCACCCUUCCGAAGGAGCCACCCACGUUUGUGCCCAGCAAAAUGUCCAACGACGAGGACCGCUUCUGGGAAACGGGUGCCAAUUAUUACUACUCAGACGGCUCACUUAAAAUUGUUCCCGGUCACGCCCUUGGGCCCAACAGCGUCAGCAGCACGGCGUCACCCAGUGCCAUUCCAGGCCAGCCCAUCCACUCCCCCAGCCGUCUCAGUCUUACCAACAUCCGAGGCUCUGGUAGCAACGGCUACAUUCGCCUGAACCUGAGCACAACAGGGGAGGAGAGGGCUAGCGGGGCUUGCGCUGGUGGCGGCGGGCUGGGCGGCCUGGGCAUGGGUGGGAAUGACUACUCGAGCCCAUUCAAAGAAGAGCUAAGACGCACUCUGCAGCAGAGGAGCGUGCUGCCCGACGCUAAUCCAGAGGAGUCGUCGGUCUAGGCGUUUCCUCCGCCGUCAUUCCGCCAUUCCCUUGAGUUGGAAAAAACAAAACAACCAACCUACCUCCCUCCUUUUGAGGAUGCCUGCUCGCUCUCUUUUUCAGUGACACGUUGCCACCUACAAAUGCUCUUUCCCUCGCCCUGCCAAUGCCUGUUUGGCUCACUGUAGACAUUUAUAGCAUGUUAAAUAUAGACUCUCACCCAUGGUUCACCAACACAUACUCAGAUAAUUAUUGUGUCAGAGCACACAAUAAUUACCAAGUCUUGGACUUUCUCUGCUUCUACUGUGGAAUGGCCAUUCGUCUAAACUGUGUAUUUAUACAGGAGUACACCGUAGGCAUGGUAAUCAAACCAAUGGCAUUAUAUGUUGUCUGAAGAGCACAUUUAAUUCAUGUUGAGCAGACCCAGUGAGACUUCAAGCAUUUGUGCUGGGAACAGUUGAUGGUUGGCAAGAAAAAAAUUACUAUUCUACCGAGACUUCAUUUUUCAGCUUGUACUGCACUUAAACCUGGAAGCUAGUCUUCCCUUAUUUGUAAUGGUGAGCCAAGAGGAGAGGCUAAUUAAUGUUGAAGCAAGACAACAAUCAUUUUUGUGUAUGAGGAGCCCUGUGAAAAGGCAAGAGACAAGGAGAGCGCUACAUAGGUGACAUAAAAUGAAGACACAAGGGAGUUUCUCAAUGAAGGACAAUCUCUGUAAAUGUUUUGGCCCAAUUUCUUUUUGUCUGCUUUGUGAAUCCCAGCCUAGUUGUGAUGGUUGGUUUGAAUUAAGACAUUUCUCCAGGAUUUUUUUUUAUUAUUAUUACUUUUCUUGAGGACCACUGCAGUCUUCAAGUUGUUGUCAAGUGACUUGAGUCGACCUUUUGUGAAGAAAAAUAAGUGCUCACAUUCCAGGCUGUACCCUGCACGGUGACCUACUCAAAGUGCGUGAGAACCACAUAUUGAUGAAAAUAUGUGUUUCAAUUGAACUCUUUUGGAUAUUUGCUCAUUCCCUUGGAAAAGAAAAUGCUGUUGGCAUUCAGCAAUAAGACGAAGACUGCACACUUUUCAACAACACAAAGACAACAAGCGUGGAGAAUGUAGUUUGAACCCUCACUGUUGCGACUGCUGUGGAUGUUUCAAAAAGUGCUUAAUCUUUUGUAUAGUGACAGUGUUAACUUGCCCUGCAACGAAGGAAACUGCGACGCUCAUUCACACGCCCAAUGCUUUGAAUGUCUACAAGCCUGGACUAUAGUGUGUGACAGGAUGCCUUGAAUCCCCUCCCUUACCGAUGCCCAGAGACCAAGUUUGGGGUGGCCGUGUUGUGGACUUAGAGGUGAAGAACACUGAGAAACACACAAGAUCUCAAUUUGAGGAUUGGUCAGACAGAAAUGAUUACUUCCCCGCUGACAGGCUGCAGUAAGACAGCGCCUCUGAAUCUAUUACAGGGGUAUUUUUGGGACAUGCCUGGAUGGCCUAGGAGAGCCAAGCAAGAAGUUAAUAUUCUGUUGUGAAACACACUGUGGACAAGGGUCUCAAAUGUUGCGUAUCCCAAAUGACCCCAUGGUCAAAGAGGUACUCGGCCGUCAGACCAACAUGUUGCAUGACCAACAGCGAAAGGACUGUACAUUUCGAUCAUCCUUGUACAAAAGCAUUUUUUGGAUUCAGCAUUUUUGGAGUUUUGAAUAUGAUACAGUAUUGUAAAACACUAAUGCUCUCUUUGGGGAAAAAUAGUUUUGAUUUUAUGGUUCAAGGAAAGGAUUUUGUUUCUUGGCUGUGUUCCAUGUGUCACGUCACCUUUGGGUAAGCCAAAGUAGACUGCAGAUUUUUUUUCUGUUGUAUUUUUCCUAAAUUAUUUUUCAGAAACAGAUCAAUAUUCAGCUGUCCGUCCACUUUGCAACCCUAAGCUGAUGUCUGCAAGCUUUCUGAAUAUUUUGACUGCAGCAAAAUGUUCCCUCAAGGGAAAAAAAUGGCUUAAGGCUAAUGGAUUUUCUGUUUGUUUCCUGUUAACUUGUCAGCUGUGAUCAGCUGGACCUGAUUCUUGUUCCUCUUAAUGAAGGGUUACCAAUGUACCAAAAUCAUUAUUUAAUUUGUUAGCUGCCAAAAACCAAAUAUGAAGCUUCUGAUUUAAAGCAGAUCAGUGGUAGAAUGUGUGCACUUAAUAGUAUUCAAUACUUUGACAAAGUUAAAACAUCUCUGAAUACUCUGGUACUUGGUCUUGUUAUCUAGAGUUUUUCUUCUGUUAUCAGGCUUUGCUUUACUUUGCAUUUUGCAAAAAAAAAAAAAAAAAAUCAAAAGAAUGAUUGAACAAGUAGAGGUCUUUUGCUGGAGUAAAAUGCAUGUGUUUUAAGUCUUAAUCUUUUCACUUUUUUUUUCAAUCACUCCAGUGCAGUAUUUUCAUUUCUGUUCAUCCCGGUUUUCAUAUGACAUAGUUUUACUUCACUAUCUUAUUGAUCUUUUAUGUUUGUUCUUAAAGUAAUGUUAAGUAACUUAUUUCUUGUACAAACACGUUGAUAUUUAUUAUCAUUGUACAUAUGCCCUUAUUUUUUAUAUGUGUGUAUAUACAUACUAUAUACACAAAUAAAAAAAGAGAUCUA